AUGUCAUGCGAUCUGCCACGUCGCCCAGUCCCAGAACCCAUCUAUGUCCCCAUGCCUCGAAACAAUUACGGGGAUUCUGAAGCAGCAAACAUGGCCGAAACAAAUACAACCAACAUCAAUGCUGGGAUUCGCGCAAAUUACGAGUUUGCGAAUCAGCGCUUCGGGAGCGAGAAUUAUGGAACCAUCCUCCGGUGGGAUAUUUAUAACCAGCGUGAAAUCCCACUCUACUCUAUGGCAUUGUAUGAAAUUGGGCUAUCACGGCAGGCGUUCGAGGAGUUUUGCCACCAACUGCGCUCAACUUAUGAUAACAGCUACCAGAAGAUCGAUUGGACCGCAACUAUUCUUUCUUUGGUUUUUCCUCCUCUUGCACUUUGCUUAAUACUUUGUGGCUUGUUUCCAGUUAGGGGCGACAAUAAUAAGAUCGCGAAAUCGAUGGCGGCAGCUAUUUACGAGAUCAAUCGGCGGUUGCAAGCUGAUAGUGUCCCAGUGGCAUUUGCGUUCAAAGUUCAUAUGCAACUGAGGCUCGUAUUGCCUGAGGUUACUGUCCAGUAUGUCCCGUUGUAA